AUGCGUUUCUCAUCGGCGUUGGCCCUUGCCGUCGCCCAGCCCGUCGCCGCGGUGCUCGUCUACGUCACGUCGUACUCGGGCACGCUGACGUCUCUCAACCUGACGCUGACGCACGGCAAAGCCAACUCGACCUCCGGCCCCAAGGCCCGCAUCCAGCAGCUCGCCGUCAACGCCGGCUGCGCGCCGCAGGCGUCGUGGCUGACGCUGGACAAGCCCAACGGCAUUCUGUACUGCCUGGACGAGAGCUUCGGCAACCCCAAUGGUAGCCUGUCGUCGUACAAGACGAGCGCAAACGGCACGCUGACGCAGCUCAAGCGCGUCGAGACACCUGCAGGCCCCGUCUACGCCACCCUCUACGGCGCGGGCGGCAAGGGGCUGGCCGUCGCCGAGUACCAGGGCGCGUCCUUUUCGUCGUACCGCAAGGACCCGUCGUCGCUGGCGACCAUCGAGCAGGUCACGUGGACACUGCCGCAUCCGGGCGCCAACGCCACCCGCCAGGACACGCCGCACCCGCACGAGGUGAUUCUGGACCCGACGGGCGCCUUCUUCCUGGUGCCGGACCUGGGCAGCGACCUCGUGCGCGUGUUUUUGAUCAACCAGACCAGCCUCGAGUGGACGCCCGUGGCGCCGCUGGUCACGCCGCCCGGGACGGGGCCGCGCCAUGCGUCGUUUGUCGUCGGCGACAAGAACCAGACGUACCUGUACCUGACGAGCGAGCUCGCCAACACCAUCACGGGCUACGAGGUCACCUACCAUGCCAACCAGACGCUGUCGUUUGCCCAGAUCUACGUGGCGCCCACCCACGGCCCGGGCACGGUGGUGCCGGCCGCGGCCACGGCCGCCGAAAUCGUGACGUCGCCCGACCACCGCUUCGUGCUCGUCACAACGCGCAACGACGCCGCGUUCAACAUUAGCAGCUUCGACGCCAAGCCGAAGAACGGGACCGCCACCGCCGCCGCCCAGAUUGUGUCCGACUCGGUCACCACGUUCGCCGUCGACCACGCCACGGGCAACCUGACGUUUGUGCAGCUGUUCCCCUCGGGCGGCCAGGUCCCGCGCCAGUUCUCCAUCAACAAGGCCGGCACGCUGCUGGGCGUCGGCCAGCAAGGGUCCGGCCGUGCCGUCUUUAUCAACCGCGACGUCAAGAGCGGCAAGCUGACGGGCUUUGCGGGCGCCGUCGACAUUGCGGGCGAGGUGACGUCGGUCGUCUUUGACGAGUAG